AUGACUACAAUGAAGAAUACAGUUGGAAUGUACUGUUACUUUCUAUGUAUGUUUUUAAUUUUAAAAUGUAAUGCAGAUCCAAAUUUACCAAUGAAUACAAUUCAAAUUCCUUCAAAUCGAAUGACUAAUAAUUUUGUUCGAUCUGAAAGAUAUUAUAUCAAACAGCAACUUCCAAUCAGUUUUACGAGUCAAGGUCCAUCCGAAAUUUUUGUUAAAUUACCCGGUUUAACAAUGCCAUUCCAUCAUACAGAACCAUUAUUAUAUAAAAUUAAAUUUGAAGGAAGAUGUUAUUCACCUCAUUCUUCAUUAAUUUGGCUGUAUUUACGUCUUAUGAUUAAUGAUAAUUUGCUUUACAUAGGGUAG